AUGCAUCAUCCACUCGAAGAGAUCUGCAAUUCGACUCGCUUGUUAGUCCUACGAAUUCCAAGGUUGCUAUUCCUCGGAUUAGAGCAUGCCUGGAAUGCAGACAUCGAAAGACGAGAUGUGACGGCUACCAGCCAUGCCAUCAAUGUGACUUUUUCAAUGUCGCUUGCGAGUAUGCUGAGGGGAAGCAAGAGAGAGCCAAGAGAACUUGAAGAACAAAUUGGUGUAGAUGCCCAGGACCGAGAGAUGAUCGAUAGAGUUCUCAAUCGGGUAUGUAUAUCCCUGCAAUCAUCGCAUGCAAUAACCCCAGGAUGA